GAAGUGGUUGUUUCCCCCUGAGGCAGACAGACUCGUCUCCAGACUCUACAGAACACAGUUGUCUUCCCUCCGCGGAUCAAGCCCUAUCUGACUGAGAGACAUGUCCUCCUCCUCUCUCCUGUGGUGCCUGCUGGUGGUGUGUGUUCUGACUGUGGUCCAGAUCUAUGCAGCAGAGGAACCUAUGGUCCUCAAGGUGUUCAACCUCCAUGCCACUGACCUGCACAGCAGCCUGCUAGGGACCCCUGAUGCCUACGUCGAGGUGUUCAGAGCUUACGGCUUUCUCGGGAGGACAGAGGUGAAGAACAACAACCACGACCCCAGCUGGAAGGAGGAGUUCAGCUACCUCAACGCCCGUGAGAACAACAUCUUGAGGUUGGAGGUGUACGACAGCGACAUUUUCUUCGACGACCUGCUGGGGACCUGCGAGCGCUCCAUCAAGAUCGGAACUUGGCAACAUCAAUGUUUCCUGAAGACAGGCGGGAUCCUGAACUACUCCUACACCCUUGAGCCUCUACAGUAGACCCUGUACUACUCCUACACCCUUGAGCCUCUACAGUAGACCCUGUACUACUCCUACACCCUAGAUCCCCUACAGUAGACCCUGUACUAGUCCUACACCCUAGAGCCUCAGGAUUAGACCCUGUACUACUCCUACACCCUAGAUCCCCUACAGUAGACCCUGUACUACUUCUAUACCCUAGAGCCUCUACAGUAGACCCUGUACUAGUCCUACACCCUAGAGCCUCUACAGUAGACCCUGUACUACUCCUACACCCUAGAGCCUCAAGAUUAGACCCUGUACUACUCCU